CGCGGGACAGCGUAGGGGCGGGGCUCGUGCAUCUCUAGUCGUGGCGGCAGUCAUGGCGGCUAUGUCGGGUUCAGUUCGCUUGCAGCGCUGCAUGGUGUCGCCGGCUGGGAGGCACAGCGCCUCUCUGAUCUUCCUGCACGGCUCAGGUGAUUCUGGACCAGGAUUGAGAACGUGGAUCGAGCAAGUUUUAAAUCAAGAUUUAACAUUCCAGCACAUAAAAGUUAUCUAUCCAACAGCUCCUCCCAGGCCAUAUACUCCUUUGAAAGGAGGAUUCUCCAAUGUAUGGUUUGACAGAUUUAAAAUAUCUAAUGACUGCCCAGAACACCUUGAAUCAAUUGAUGUAAUGUGUCAGGUGCUUACAGAUUUGAUUGAUGGUGAAGUAAAAAGUGGUAUCAAGAAGAACAGGAUAUUAGUAGGAGGAUUUUCUAUGGGAGGGUGCAUGGCAAUGCAUUUAGCAUACAGGAAUCAUCAAGAUGUGGCAGGAGUAUUUGCUCUUUCUAGUUUUCUGAAUAAAACAUCUGCUGUUUACCAGGCUCUUCAGAAAAGUGAUGGUGUCCUUCCUGAAUUAUUUCAGUGUCAUGGUACCGCAGAUGAGUUAGUUCUUCAUUCUUGGGGUGAAGAGACAAACUCAGUGUUAAAAUCUCUAGGAGUGAGCACAAAGUUUCAUAGUUUCCCAGGUGUUUACCAUGAGUUAAGCAAAGCUGAGCUAGAAAAACUGAAGUCGUGGAUUCUUACAAAGCUACCAGACUGAAUGAGUCAAGAUUGAUUUGUUAAUAUAUAAGUAAUGUCUUUAUGAAAAGUGAUUUUUACUGCCAAAUUCUAAUUUGAUGAACAAUAAUUAAAAUAUUAAAAAAUAUCAACAGUUUACUGACUUAUUUAUUAGUUAUUGAAAUGAUUAGCACCAUAGAGAGUAGUAUAAUUGUAUUAAUGGUUAACAAUAAUUUAGGCAAACAUCUGUGUGUUAUUUGUCAGAUACAUUUUUAUAAAUAUUUGAAGGCCUUAUAAGUAAGUAAAUAUUGAAAUAUUAGAAAGUAAUUAAACUAGCUGAAAUAAAGGCAAUGAGAAACCAGGAAAAGCUUUAACAUGGUAUUACUUUAUCUUUGUUAUCACUUUCUUUAAAUUGCCUUUCCAGAGAUAUUCACGUUCGUGUAGUUUUUGACAAAAUAACAUUAGUACCCCACAUUUAUAAAGUAGUUUCCCGUUACCUCACCUGAUCAUCACAAGAGCUUGAUGAAAUAGACUGAGUAGUUGUUACUGGUAUUUUAUAAUAGGGAUAGAAGGAUUGAAGACUUUCCCAAAGCCUCAGGAGUGGAAACUAGAAUCCAGACCUUCUGGUCCCAGUGGAGCUCCCUUUCUCUGAGAAAAGAUUGCUGCUCUGCUCCAGUCCUAGGGUUCCAGUUGCUCUUCAGACCCUUGUCAGCACUCAGUAUGGCCAGUCUUUUCAAUUUUAUCCAUUCUAGUGGGUAGAUAGUGGUAACACUUUGUGGUUUUAAUCUGCAUUUUCCUAAACUAAUGAUGUUAAGCAAUUUUUAUAUGCUUAUUUGUGAUCUGUAUAAAUUCUGAUGAUAUCUCUAUUCAGAUCUUUUGCCCAUUUUUUUAUUAGGGCAUUGUAAGAGCUUGCAUUGUAAGCGCUGUUUAUAUAUGCUGGAUAAAAAUCCUUUGUUAGCCAGAUGUUUUACCAUUUUUUUUUCUUAGUCUGUGGCUUGCCUUAUUUUCUUUACAGUGUAAUUCAAAGAGCAGAAGUUUUUAAUUUGAUGACAUCCAGUUUAUUUAUUUUUUUUUCAUUUAUACUUUAUGCUUUUGAUGUCAUAUUUAAGCAAUCUUAAGAAAUUCUAGGUCACUAAGAUUUUCUCUUAUAUUUUCUUCAACUAAUACACUCCUUUAGUGCUAUAAAUCUUCCCGCAAGUAUUAUAUUAGUAACAUCCCACGAUUUUUUAUAUUUUGUGUUUUCAUUUUCAUUCAGGUCAAAUCUUUCUAAAUUCCCUUUUGAUUUCUUCUUUAACCCUUGGGUUACUUAAAAUUGUGUUAUUUUCUUUCAGUAUAUUGGGAAUUUUCUAGAGAUCUUUGCUAUUGAUUUCUAAGUUAAUUCCAUUGUGGGUCAAGAGAGCAUACUUUGUAUGGCUUGAAACCUUUUAAGUUUAUUGUGACUUGUUUUAUAGCCCAGAAUAUGGUCUAUCUUGGUGAAUGUUUUGUGUGCACUUUAGAAAAAUAUGUAUGAUGCUAGUGUUGUGUGGAGUGUUCUCUACAUAUCAGUCAGAUCAAGUUGGUUGAUAUCCUUGUUCAAGUCUACUAUAUCCUUGCUGAUUUUCUGCCUGCUUGUUUUAUAAAUUAUUCAGAGGGGAAUAUUGAAAGUUCCAAGUAUAACUGAAUUUGUUUCACUUUGCCAUUCCUUCAGUUUUUGCUUCAUGUACUAUGAGACUCCAUUAUUAGAUGCAUAAACAUGUAGGACUAUUACGUUCCCCCGAUGAACUGGCCUCUUCUUUAUGAAAUGAUCGUCUUUAUCCCUGAUAGAUUUUUUUGCUCUGAAAUACUCAUUGUGUGUUAUUGAUAUAGUCCUUCCAGCUCCCUUUAGACUAGCAUCUUUUUCCAUACUUCUCUUUUAACCUAUUUGUGUCUUUAUCUGUAAAGAGCAAUUCCACCAGGCAGAAUACAGUUAGGCCUUCCUUUUCUAUCCAGUAUGGUCACCUCUGCUUUUUAAUUGAUUAUUUAGAACAUUUUAAUGUGAUUGUUGGCGUGUUUGGAUUUCAAGCUACCAUCUUAACUGUUUAUUUUCUCUAUAUUCCAUCUCUUCUUCUUUGCUCCCUUAUUCCUCUCUUUCUACUCCCCCAUUUUUUCUUGGAUUAUGUGGUUUUUUGCUGGCUUCUUAGUUAUGAUACUUUGUACUUUUAUUUUAAUGAUUACUUUAGGGUUUAUAGCAUAUAAUUUUUAUAAAUUUUUUUAAAUUUUGAAAUAAUUACAAGCUCACAGGAAGUUUUAGAGAUAGUACAGAGGAGUCCCAUGUACCCUGCGCCCAAUGGUUACAUCUUACGUAACUAUAGUAUAAUGUCAAAACCAGGAAGCUGACAUUGGUACAAUGUGUGUGUAUAGUUAUAUGCCAUUUUUUCACAUGGCUGCAUGGAUUCAUGUAUCCACCACUACAAUCAAUAUGCAGAACUGUUCCAUCACCACAGAGAUGCCCGUUGUGCUGUCUAUAGUCAUAUCCAUCCCUUCCUCUGUCACCAUCUAACCCAUAACAACCACUGAUUUGUACUCCAUCUCUAUAAUUGGACAUUUUGAGAAUGUUAUAGAAGUAGAACUAUACAGUAUGUGACAUUUUGAGAUUGACUUUUUUCACUCCAUCCAAAUUGUUGCAACCAUCAAUAGUUUACUUCUUUUUAUUGCUGAGUAGUGUGUCAUGACAUGAAUGUAUUCAAUAUUAUAGUUUGUUAAACUGUUCUCCAAUUAAAACACAGUUUUUUUUUGGCUAUUACGAAUAAAGCUGCCGUGAACAUUCUUGUAUAGAUUUUUGUCUAGACAUAAUUUUUUUUCUCUCUGGGAUAAAUACCCAGGAGAGUGAUUCCUGGGUUGUAUAAUAAGUGUAUGUUUAAGAAACUACCAGACUUUUCCAGAGUAGCUGUGCCAUCUUAUAUUCCUACCAGCAAGGCAGGAGAGAGAAAUAUUCUCUACAUCCUCAUCAGCAUUUUGUAGUAUCACUCUUUGUUUUAAUUUUAGCUGUUCUAAUAGGUAUAUAAUGAAAUCUCAUUGUGGUCAAAAUGUGCAUUCCCUAAUGGCUAGUGAUGUUGAGCCUAUUUUCAUAAGCUUAUUUGCCAUCUCUAUAUCCUAUUUGGUAGAUGUUUCUUCAUGUCUUUUGUCCAUGAUCAAAUUGAAUUUUCUUUUUUGUUUGUGUUAACUGUUGAGUUUUGAAAGUUUCUUUUAAUAUCUUCUAGAUGUGAGUCUUUUGUUAGAUAUAUAGUUUUCAAAUAUUUUUUCACUGUCUGUAGCUUGUCUUUGCAACUUCUUAGGUUAUUUUAUGCAAAAGUUCUAAAUUUUAAUGAAGUCCAGUUUACUGACUUUUUCUUUCAUGGAUUAUGCUUUUGGUGUUAGUGAGCUAUUGUGAGUUAAUUUUUGUAUAAGGUGUGAGAUUUAGAUUGACAUUCAUUUUAUUUUUUUUGCCUAUAGAUAUCAAAUUGCCCAGCACUAUUUGGUGAAAAACUAUCCUUCCUCCAUUGAAUUAUUUUUGUACCUUUAUCAAAAAUCAGUUGUCUGUUGCUUGUGUGUCUGUUUCUUGUUUAUCUGUUCUGUUCCAUUGAUCUCUGUGUCCGUCCACAUAAUGUUAAUUACUAUAGUUAUAUAAUACUUGAAAUCAGGUACAGUUAAUUCUUCCUAAUUUAUUCUGCUUUUCAAAAUUGUAUUAGCUAUUUUAGUUCCUUUCCUUUCCAUAUAAAUUUUAAAAUACACUUAUCUAUAUCCACCCAAGAAAUCUUGCUGAAAUUUUGAAAGGAAUUUUGCUAAAUUUGUAUAACAAUUUAGAGAGAAUUGACAUCCUUUCCAUAUUGAAUCUUCCAAUUCAUGAACAUGAUAUAUUACUCCACUUAUUUAGGUCUUCUGUAGUUUCUUUCAUCAUUUUUUUGUAGCAUUUAACACACAAGUUCUGUACAUGUUUUGUUAGAUUUGUACCUGAGUAUUUUAUAUUUUGAGGAAUUAUAAAUGGUACUUUACUAUUAAAUACAGUUUCCCUGUGUACAUUGCUAGCUUAUUGAAAUACAAUUGUUUUUUGUGUGGGUGUCUUAUAGCCUAUGAUCUUGUUUAGCUCAGUUACUAAUUCUAGGAGGUUUUCUGUAAAUUCCUUGGGAUUUUCUACAAAGAAAAUGUCACUUGCAAAUUGGAAUCAAUUUAUUUCUUCCUUUCCAAAUGAAGUCCUUGUAUUUCCUUUUUGUUGCUUAUUACGCUGGCUAGAACUUCCAGCACCAUGCGGAUGAGAACAGUGAGAGCAGACAUCCUUUUCUUGUUCCCAGCCUUAGGGGGAAAGCAUUCAGUCUUUCAUCAGUAAAUAUGUUAGCUGUAGGGUUUUUUGUAGAUGUUCUUUAUCAAGUCAAUGAAACUCCUCUCUAUUCCUAGUUUUCUGAGAGUUUUUAUCAUGAAUGGUUGUUGAAUUUUGUCAAAUGCUUUUUCCACAACAAGGGAUAAAAUUAUGUGGUUUUUCUUCUUUAGCCUGUUAAUAAUAUGUUCUUCUAUAUCUGAUAUGUGUUUUUACUCUAGCUGUUUUUAAGAGUUUCUCUUAUCACUGAUAUUGAGCGAUUUGAUUAUGACAUAUAUUGGUAUAGUUUUUCAUGUUUCGUAUCCCGGGGGUUCCUGCUAAUCUUUUUAGGUGGUUCUUUCUGGCCCCAGAUAGUUUACUCUGCUGUACUCCAGGUGGACCAUCUCUAGAUCUCUGGAGUUCUGUCUCUGUGAAACUUACUCUUCUCUGGUACUCUGUCCUCUCAAUUCUAGCCAACAUCAUCUACUCAGACUCUUAGCUCUGCAUGUCAACCCAGGGAGUCCACCAGGCUCUGCAUGGAUUUUUACUCUCUGUUCUGCAGUCUGUGAACUCUCUCAGGGCAGUAAGCUAGGGACAUUAUAAGGCUCACCGUGUUUCCUUUCCUUCUCUCAGUGAUCACUAUCCUUCAUUGCCUGAUGUAUGCUGCUUUGAAAAACAUUGUCUCCAGUAUUUUGCCUUUGUUUGCUUGUUUUGUUUUUGUUUUUGUUUUUGUUUUCUGGUUGUUUCAGGUGAAAGAAUCCAUCUAGUCCCUGUUUAUUAAUUACAUUAUGUCUGAAUGCUAAAUUAUCCUUUAAAGAGAUUUUUAAAAAGUUUUUUAAAGUCUUUUAUAUUUACCCAUAUUCUUUCCUUUUCUAAUGUUCUUCAUUCCUUAAUAUAGCUUCAGAUUUCCAUAUGGUAUCAUUUUUCUUCUGCCUGAAAUACAGUAACAUUUAUGACAGACAUGUCUGCUGCUGUUAAAUUCUUUCAACAUUUUUCUAUCUGAAAAUGUAUUAUUUUGUUUUUAUUUUUGAGAGCUGUAUAGAAUUCUAACUUGACAGUGUUUUCUUUCUUUCAUUACUUUAAAGAUCUUAUGCUGUCAUCUUCUAGUUUGCAUUUUUUCUGAUGUUGUUCUAAUCUUUUAUCCUCUGGCUGCUUUUACAAUUUUCUCUAUUUUUAGUUUUAAGCGAUUUGAUUAUGAUGUGCUUUGGUGUUGUUUUCUCCAGUUUCUUUGUGCUUGGAAUUUCUUGAGUUUCUAAUCUGUGGAUUUAUAGUUUUCAUGAAAUUUAGAGACAUUUUGGCCAUUGCAUUUUCAAAUAUUUGUUUGCCUAUCUCCUGUCCCUUUUUUGUAGGAUUUCAAUUAUACUUAUAUUAGACUAUUUGAAGUUGUUUCACAACUUACUGGUACUUAUUUUUUUCUUUUUUUAAAUUUGUUUUCACUCUCCAUUUUAUUUUGGAUAGUUUCUAUUCCUGUUGUGAAUUUCACUGAUCUUCUCUUCUGCAGUUAUUUGUCAUUAAUCCCAUCUUUUUUAUCUCAGAUAUUGCCUAUCUCUAGAAGUUCUUUUUUUUAAAUUUCUUGAAUUCAUAUAAUUAAUAUGCUUAGUCUUUUCUCCACCUUCUUGAAUAUAUGGGAUAUAGUUUUAAUAGCAGUUUUAAUAUCUUUAUUUGUUGAGUCUAUCAUCUCUGUCAUUUUUGACUUUGUUUCUUUUUAUUAAGGAUAAAUUUUUUUGCUUCCUUUGUAUGCCUAGUGAUUUUUUAUUGGAUUUCAGACAUUGUGAGUUCUACAUUGUUAAGUGCUAGAUCAGUUUGCAUUUCUAUAAAUAUUUAUGAGCUUUGCCGUGGAAUGCAAUUACGUUACUUGGAAAGUACUUAGAAGUAUUUUGAUCCUUUCAGGCUUCCUUUUAAGCUUUCUUAGGUAGUACUAGAGCAGUGUUUGCUCCAGGACUAAUUUUGCCCCACCAUUCAAGCAACACAAGUUUGAGUACUCUAGCUGAUACUCACUGGAUUGUGAGAUUUUGCACUCUGACUCGUGGGAGCUCAAAUUUUUCCCAGUCCUCUCUGAGCCUCAGUGAUCGUUCCUUCUGUUCCUUCUAGGUAGUUCAUACUUUCCUUACACAAAUCUGUUGCUUAGUACUCUGCUGAAGAUUUGAGGGGGACCCUCUGAAGAUCUCUGGCAGUCUUGCAGCUGUCCAGUACUCUGUCAUAUGAACUCGAAGCUCCUUGACUUUCUGGACUCCCAGCUCUGUCUCCUCCCUCAGCUCCAUCUGGGUCUCCGUCUCCAUGCUGUAGCCUUGAAACUCUUCACACAGUAAGCUGGGCAUUUGUAGAGCUCACUGCAUUUGCUUCUCCUUCUUAAGGGAUGACUCUCUGUACUGCUAGUGCCCAAUAUCUGAAAAUAUAUAUGUAGCCCACCUUUUCAGUUGUUUCAGGUCAAAAAAUAAAUCUGGUCCCUGUUCCAUCUUGGCCAUCUUGGUCAUAAGUGGAAGUCCCUUCAUUCCCCUUUUAUUUGAAGCUAUAAACUGUAAAUUUGAAGAGGGAGGGAAGGAGAAAGAAAGGGUAGGAAGGAGAGAGGAAAAGAGACAGAGACUGAGAUUUUAACUAAUAAAGUCCAAAUCCCCUCAGAGAAGACUCAGUUCUGCAGUGUUUUAAUUAUCUUAAGCUUUUAAUGACCUUCAACUUCUUGACGUUUUAAAUGCCCUGGCUUGAAUGUACAUGGUAUCAUUCAUGUUUAAAGCCCUUAUGGCUGCAAUUUGCCUUAAGAGUAACAUAUAUACGUAUCAUAGAUAAGGGUGUCAGGCUUAUACGUGUUGAGUAUAUACAUACUAAAUAUAAGAGAAAGGAAUCCAGAUUUUUUUGGUGAAUAUUUGUCCUAUCACUUGAUAAUUAUGUAUUCUUGGAUAAAUCUCAGCUUCUGCUACAGUAUACUCUUGUGAAAUUGUUGUGUGAG